UUAAUUAUCUCCAUUUUCUUGUAUUUGGCAUGUCACUGCGUGAAGAAAAUUAUAUUAUUCUCCCAGCUUUCAUUCCUACAGCAGUGCAGUAAACAGAUAAAAAAAACCCCAACAUAUUCCUCAACUGAAACAAACGUCUCAUUUCAACGCCUUUCACGGUAGACGACAUCUCUGCUUCGCCGACGAAGAAGUGACGGAUGAAAGGAAGGAGGAAGAAACAGCUAAAAAUAACUCGGAGGUUCUACAGGUUGCUGCGUUGGAUGCUAAGUGGCUGCGGGCUGGAGGCUGGGGCGGAGCGAAACGCUGGGAGGCUAUCUCAUUUUUUCUCCUUUCUCUUCCUCCAUUGAUCAGUUUGGUGAAGAAGGCGGAUCCUCUGACGUCAAACUCAAGCAGCUCGGAUGCGUCAGAGUCCAGCUGAGCGAGGAAAGAAGGAAACAGGUAAUAAAAAGGAAUAAGGUUCUGGACGGGCAGGGCAAAGCGGACCAGAGCGGAGCGACGGGUUGACUGAGCUGUUGAACGCACCGCAUACAGACUGACGGAGAUGGAGGGCUAUACUGAGGAAGAACACAAGGAGAAAUUAUUAUGGAACGUCAAACGGGAGGUGAAACAGAUAAUGGAAGAGGCUGUAACUAAGAAAUUUGUGCAUGAAGACAGCAGCCACAUCAUCGCUCUGUGCACAUACUUCCUGUUCAUGUCUGCAGCUGCCAUUGAGGCCUGCCUGAGUCAUCUCCUGAAGAGACGUGCAGCCGGCUUUCUAAGAAGUGACAAGAUAGCCGCAUUAUUCACUAAGGUUGGCAAAGUGUACGACACAGCUGGCGAGAUCUGUCGGAAAGUCCAGGAGCAGCUCCAGCAGCAGGCUGAUCUCACCAGGAGAGCCCAGAGCGUUGGCCAUGAACCUCUGAGAAGACAAGGCUCCUCCACCACCAGCCGCCCCCCUCAACCUCUCUCUGCCCAGGCCAUCAAACACAUCUGGGUCCGUACGGCUCUCUUUGAGAAGGUUUUGGAUAAGAUAGUCCAGCACAUUGUGGACAACUCCAGUAAAUACUAUGAAAGGGAAGCUCUAAUGCAUGACCCAGUCUUUGGGCCCAUCUUAGCUGCCUUGCUUGUGGGGCCCUGUGCCCUGGAGUACACUAAGCUGAAAACUUCCGAUCAUUUCUGGACGGACCCAUCAGCUAAUGAGCUGGUUCAGCGCCACCGUAUCCACGGGGCCCACCGCAGCCUAGAUGUGUCAUCAGGCCGUCGACCGGCUCUGGGGAUCCGUAAGAGGCAGUCCAGUGGGAGCAUGUCAGAAGACAGGUUUGCUGCAUCGGCAAGAGAGUAUGUGGAGUCUCUUCAUCAGAACUCCAGAACACACCUCCUGUACGGCAAAAACAACGUCCUUGUGCAACCGAAAAAGGACAUGGAGGUGUUACGGGGCUAUUUGUCACUCCAUCAAGCUGGGGAUAACCUCACGCUAAAGUGGACACCUAACCAGCUCAUCAAUGGUACGCUGGGGGACUGCGACCUGGAGAAAAGUAUUUAUUGGGACUAUGCACUGACUGUUCCUCUGCGCCAGAUUGUUUGCAUCCACUGUCACCAACGGCCUGAUUGUGGUGGGACGCUGGUACUCGUCAGUCAGGAUGGGAUUCAGAGGCCGCCACUGCACUUUCCCCCCGGCGGUCACCUCCUGGCCUUCCUCUCCUGUCUGGAAACUGGACUUCUACCACGAGGUCAACUGGAACCUCCCCUCUGGUCCCAGAAAGGCAAGGGAAAAGUGUUCCCUAAGUUGCGGAAGAGGAGCAGCACAGCACGCCUCAUGGAGCAGGACAGGAACGGCGAGGAGCAGACAGCUGCUGACUACGUCUUUCGCAUCGUCUACCCAGGAUACCGAUACGAUGCUACAGUCACUAUAAACUACCACCACACCACGGGCAGCCGCGCACCGUCGCUGGAUGACGAUGAGGAAGAGGAAGAUAGACUCCAUGCUAUGAUCUCAAUGAUCUGCUCGCGGAACCUCACAGACCCUAAUGUCCUGAAAGACCACGGAGAGAUGAUGGAGAUGCAAGGUUUUGGAGGGAGUCCAUCGUCUUGGCAACAGACUGAUGUAACUGCUCAAGAGUUCCUGUGCCAGUCCUGCUCAGCAGCUGGUAGCAACUCAUCAUUUGACUACACAGCUGGUUGCACCUGCCUGCAUCAGCCGUCGGACAUUCACACUAUUCCACUGAAGAUGCUCUGUCAGAACAUGAAGCGGCAGAUUGUCUCCAGAGCCUUCUAUGGAUGGCUUGCAUACUGUCGACACCUGUCCACGGUGCGGACACACCUGUCAGCUAUGGUCACCCACAACAUCGUACCCCCAGACAGACCUUGUGAGGCAUCUGGAGGUCUCAGCAAAGAGGUGUGGAGCAAGUACCAGAAAGACUGCAAGAACUACAAGGAGCUUGAGCUGCUCAGACUGGUUUACUAUGGAGGAGUCCAGCACGAGAUCAGGAAGGAGGUGUGGCCCUUCCUGCUGGGACACUACAAGUUCGGGAUGAGCAAAAAGGACAUGAGCCAGAUUGAUGUGAAGAUCAGCGAGCGCUACCAGCAGGUAAUGCGGGAGUGGAAAGCCUGUGAGGUCAUCGUCAAGCAGAGGGAGAAGGAGAUGCAGUCGGCCAUCUUUGCCAAGCUGUCAUCGGGCAGUAGCAUAGACAGCCACGUCCUGAGGCUCGCUCACAGAGACUCCACACUCAGUAAUGAGGUCUUCAUGUCUAUGGAUGAGCCAGAUGCAGGGAGUCAGGAGACCCCUAGUGGCGAGGACAGCACUCCUGUCAUGACCACCCUGGCCCCGCCUGCUGCUGUGCCCCCAGAGGAGCGUCCUCUGGUAGAGUUUGACUCCCCCGACUCAGGUCUCCCUUCCUCCAGGAACUACUCUGUGACUUCUGCUCACUCUCAGAUCCUGUCCAGCAUAGACGAUGGUCAGAGCACUGAGGAGGAAGGUGGGGGUAGGGAGGAAGGCAGGACUCCAGUAGGGGGGCGUCAGGACUCUUUUACUGAGGACAGGCUCUGCAGUCAGCUGGACAAACUGAUGACAAGUGGAGCUGCCACCGAGGCCAUCUCAGCUUCGCUCUCCUCUUACACAAUCGAGCUUCUGGACAUGGUCGCCCUCAACCUUCACAGGAUAGACAAAGAUGUGCAGCGCUGUGACCGCAACUAUUAUUACUUCACCACAGCCAACCUGGAGAAACUACGCAACAUCAUGUGCAGCUACGUGUGGGAGCAUCUAGAAAUGGGCUACGUUCAGGGCAUGUGUGACCUCCUGGCGCCGCUCAUGGUCAUCCUGGACGACGAGAGCCUGGCAUACAGCUGCUUCACUCAGCUGAUGAAGAGGAUGAGUCAGAACUUCCCUAAUGGUGGAGCCAUGGACACACACUUUGCCAACAUGAGGUCGCUGAUCCAGAUCCUGGACUCUGAGCUGUUUGAGCUGAUGCAGCAGAAUGGAGACUACACACACUUCUACUUCUGCUACCGAUGGUUCCUGCUGGACUUCAAACGAGAGCUUCUGUAUGAGGAUGUUUUUGCAGUAUGGGAGGUGAUCUGGGUGGCUCCCAGGAUCUCGUCUCGCCACUUCGUCCUCUUCCUGGCCCUGGCGCUGGUUACGCUGUACCGUGAGAUCAUCAUAGACAACAACAUGGACUUCACUGACAUCAUCAAGUUCUUUAACGAGAUGGCAGAACGUCACGAUGUGCAGCUUAUCUUGCGGAUGGCACGUGAGCUGGUCCACAAAGUCCAGUCUCUGAUGGACAACAAGUAACUCUACAAGGGAUAACUGGGAGGACUGGGAAUGUGUGUGCAGUCUGGUAUUAGAUACAGUUUCCUGCCCUCCACACGUCCAGAGCUGGCUAUGGGGGUCCAAAUGAAAAUCCCGGUGGGGAUCCCAAAGGAGAUCCUAUUGGAAGUCCCAGUGAAGGUACUCGUAGGGGUCCCAGAGGGAGCUCCAGUGGGGGUGCCAGUAAAGGUUCCAGUGGAAGAUGGGGAGCGUCACAUGGCUCUUGCGUUCUGUUUACAUGUUCCUUCACCUGGAAUGCACAUGGUGUCUGUUCAGGCAUUCGGAUUUGUCUGCAUGCUAGUGAGUUAAAUCACACUGUGAACGCAUUCUUCAGCCCCCCAGUCUUACAGUGUGUGUGCAUGAGAACACACACAUCGUUCUGGCUCUUCUCCCAGAGUCCCCUCUUUUUACUGACUCUGGAACUUCCUAUUUGGGAAGCCAGCAAGGAAAACUGAAGCUCCGUCAAUUUGCCUAACAUGUUCCUCAGUGCUGCACCACAGGAGGCCACAAGAGAGCAGGAUUUAUACACAACAUUAUUGGAGGAGCAGAAGACUUUGCCACGAAGAUGCUUUCAUCAGUGACCAAAUGAACUGUGCCAACUACCUUUUCGCGAGUGCUUUCUACAAGCAUGUGUGUUUUUAGCUGUUUGCCACCUUUUUAACGUUUCUUUCAUAGUAACCACAAAUGUUGCCUUUUAUUGACAGCCCAAGGUACUUAGAUGCACUUUUCUCCUAGAGUAUCCUUAGUGGUGCUUAUGAAGGCUGCAUCCAACUUGCCGGAGGCAUGAAGCGGCAGUGGAUGAAUUGCAGCCAGUUUUCCUGCACAUGGCGUUAUGUGUUUGAAGCAUGUGUGGAACAAACUAGAACAGCACAACCAUAAAGGGAAAAGCACACAGACUUCAUUUCUCUGGUGGGUCAUUAAAAGGGGGUGGGGAUGAGUUAGGAUGAACAUAGUGAUACAAUUUCCACAAGUGACUGGAUUAGUUCAGUAGUACCUAUCUUCAGCUGUCUUUGGUCAAGAGGUGGGGUCCGCCCUGGACAGGUCGCCAGCUCAUCGCAGGUUAACAGACACAGUGAGCAAACACACAUCCAUCCCAUAGGGCAAUAUAGAGAGAACAGUUAAUUAAACGUUAAUUUUUUUGGACUGUGGAAGGAAGUUGGAUAAAACCCAUGCAUUCACAUGGAGGACAUUCAAACUCCACACAGAAAGACCGCAGGCUGUGUGUUUCCCUGCUCCAGCAGCUCCUUGAUCAGAACACAUUUUAAAAUAAUUUUAUGAUUCGCCCAGUCUGUUAUAAGCUGCAUUUCCAUUACAAAUUUAGACAAAACUUUUAUCAAUACUCCGCUAAUGUAAAAAAAAACACAAUUGUGCAAUUGCUGUUAAAAUUAAAUAAGCGCAAUUGAAAUCCCACAUGAAUAAGUUUGUGCACUCAGUAAGUCAUUAAAAAACAUGCGGUGCCAUCAUUCUCCAACUUUCUGUAUUUUUCAUCUUCAUGGAUUGUGCCAGUGGCAACAUGUAAUGUCUACUUCGCACAUGACUUUCCGAGUUCAGGUUCUCUUGUUUCCUCCCAUAAUCCCCUAAGCAUCCAAGGUAGGUUACUACUCGACUCUCCAGUUUGAGGGAGUGUGUGGUUGUUCCUGAACUGGCUCUGUGAUGGACCUGCUACCUGUUCAGGUUGACCCUGCCCUCUCAUCCAGUCACUGCUGGGUCAGGCUGCAGCCCUGCUCCACUAACCAGGUUUACAUAGGUAUGCAAAAAAAUAUUUAAACUACACCAGCUGUUUUAAGACACAAACAACGCAGCUAUUCAUUGUAGCAUCGCUUCUAAAUUCUGGUUUUUCCAUUUUUUUCCAAAUUUGUUGCUGCUUUCGAAGGACAACAGUCAGUGUCAGAAAUAUCUGGAGAAAAUUUGUAUUUUCUGACUUUAAUGAAGCGUAACAACAGAAGUUCAAAGGAAGAGGAACUCUACACUUUUAAGUUCUUCUUUUAAGAAGAAUAGUGCUGUGAUCUGAAGACACCAUGCUGAUAAUAAACUUGCUGCAUCAACAAUCCUGUCUGGAAAAAGUGGCUGCAAUUGUUCAGUUGGAAUUUGAUAACCAGCCUAAAUAAAAAAAGCCAACCUCCCCCCCCCAAAAAAAAAACAGUUUGCAUUUUACUGAUUCAGAUCUUAAAAUUCCAGAGAAGGCGUAAUUUCCUCUGCAUCUGGUGGCUCAGUGUUGUAGGAGGCUAGUUUGAGCACAUUUUUUUCUGGCUCUGGAGUAAACUAGGGGGCCUUUUUGAAAUGGUCUCCUCUCCGCACCAUCAGUGUGACCCUUCUCAACAUGUCCAACAUGGCUGCAUUUUUCUGGUCAUCCAGCACGGACCUCCACCUGUGAUACAAGUGCCAAGAGUCUUCCCCAAACCCUGAAAUGUACUGUAGUCAUCUGGCUCUCUAAUGUUAGUCUGAUUCCAAGAACAGGUGGUGGUGUGGAUGUACCUUGCCACAGCACCUGCUCCCUCUCCCUCGUGGAGACUGAGGUUCAGGUUGGGGGAGGGUAGAAACGGGCGUCUGUGGCAGAACUUCUUCCAUUCAGGACAUUGUGUACCAAAGCCUUGAAACAGCCCCCUCUGUGGCAUGAUGACAAUGUGCAAUUUCAUACUGCAUCUUGAAGACUGACUGUUUACUAUGUGUGUAAAAUAUUUUUGGAAAUAGUGUUCUUGAAUUCUUAACUACUGUGCAAUUUCUGUUGUUUGGGAAUCCCAUCAAAGUCUAUAUUGCUUGUACAUACAUAUGAACCAAAAGCCCAAUUAUUUGUAUUCAAACUGAACAUAUAUAAAUAAAUAUAUAAAUCUAUAACUUAUUUUCAGAUCUAUUUUUCUGUUGGUUCUAACAGCACUAAUCGGAGGUGUGUACUGUGCAGAGAUGCAGAAUGUGUGCAGACUGUGUUAUACGUUGACUGUUAAGUGUUCUCUAUCAAUGUUGUGCACUGACUUUAAGAUUUAUAAUUAUUUAGAGAGCUAACGAUGACUGCAUUGCCAAACGUGUAUUGGUCAGGAUGUAUCAUUUGCCUUGAAUGUAACGUGUUAUUAAAGAAGAGGUGGUUCAUUA